CCUCGUUCACUUUGAGGGGCGUUGGUUUUCCUUGAGGACCUUUUGGAAGUGUCAGGGGUCUCAUAUCUGCACAAGACAGAUCCAACCAUGUCGGACGCGGUGAUUAGUUUCAUGAAGGACUUUUUGGCCGGCGGUAUCGCCGCUGCCAUCUCCAAAACAGCUGUCGCUCCCAUCGAGAGAGUCAAGUUGUUGCUGCAGGUCCAGCAUGCCAGCAAACAGAUCACUGUAGACAUGCAGUACAAGGGAAUCAUGGACUGUGUGAAGAGGAUCCCAAAAGAACAGGGCUUUCUGUCCUUCUGGAGAGGCAACCUGGCCAACGUGAUCCGUUACUUCCCCACCCAAGCCCUCAACUUCGCCUUCAAAGACAAGUACAAGAAAAUCUUCCUCGGUGGCGUGGAUCAAAAAACACAAUUCUGGCGCUACUUCGCUGGUAACCUCGCAUCCGGAGGUGCCGCCGGUGCGACUUCGCUCUGCUUCGUCUACCCUCUCGACUUUGCCAGGACGAGGCUCGCUGCCGACAUCGGAAAGGGCGCGACCGAGAGAGAGUUCAACGGUCUUGGACACUGCCUCUCCAAGAUCUACAAAACCGAUGGCCUCAGGGGUCUUUACCUCGGAUUCAACGUGUCAGUGCAGGGCAUCAUCAUCUACAGAGCGGCCUACUUUGGAUGCUUCGACACAGCUAAAGGUAUGCUGCCAGAUCCCAAGAACACGCACAUCUUCGUGACCUGGAUGAUCGCCCAGACAGUCACCGCAGCUGCUGGCAUCAUCUCAUACCCCUUCGACACCGUCAGGCGUCGUAUGAUGAUGCAGUCUGGACGCAAAGGAGCUGACAUCAUGUACUCGGGCACAAUGGACUGCUGGAGGAAGAUCAUCAAGGACGAGGGAGGAAAAGCCUUCUUCAAGGGUGCCUGGUCCAACGUGAUCAGAGGCAUGGGUGGUGCCUUCGUGUUGGUGCUGUACGACGAGAUCAAGAAGUACACAUAAUAAACUUUCUAAUCUCCCAGUCUCCAAGGAAACCCUUCACUUUGUUUAAGUCUUAAUUCUUGUGAUAGAUUGAUAACAGCUUGUGGUGAAUUACAAUGUGGGCAUGUACAGGUAGGUAUACAGUACCUGACCUGGGUUAACAUGCCUCCUCACAAAUCUGUAUAUAUCCCAUCCACGACGCACAUAUAGUCUUACAGUGUGUUAAAGUCAAGCCGGUGUUUCACUGAUGUUGUGAUGAUGCAGGAGAUGACGUCACUACCUGUCACACGUCAGAGUCAGUUUGUAAAGCAGUUGCUGAGGCCCAUGUGUUGUUAUGUUGUGACCACUCUGACACAUGUGUCCCACCUCACUCAUUAUUUUAUUAACAAUAAAGAUUUAUUAGUCUAAUAGUGUA